AUGCAACCAACACUUCUCCAAGUAUUUCCUUCUUCUCCAAGUUUUUGUUUGUUUGUUCCACCGAAGGAGCCAGUCAAUGAAGCUGUGAUUACCCCGGCUGAGAAAGAAACUAAAAUCAAUAUUUUCAGGCAGCCAAAUAUUCCAACGCCCGAACAUAUAGAUGCACUUAUCAAAGAACUACAGUCUACUGCAAGGAAGCCUCCUCAAGCAAUUUAUGAUACUGUUGAAUCUCCUUCUGAGAGUGAUAGAGAUGAAUCAAAUGCCUCCCUGAUGCCAAAGAAGCGAACAUGGAGAGAUCCAAGGCUGGGAGUGCUUAUUGUUGAGCCAGUACAACAAUCUGUUUCUACAGUUGAACCAGCCCAGGUUCAAGAAGUUGGUCAAAGCCCAAUCAUUGAACCAACCCAGGUUCAAGAAGAUGUUCAAGCAAAUGAGGAAACUUUUUCUUUAGGAUGUUAUUCUGAUCCACUACCUCCAGAGCACGAUGUAGUAUCUCUUAAGUUGGCCAAGCUUCUUGCCUUUCAAGAUUCCAUUCCUCAAUCAAAAGAGAAGGAAAUUUGUAUUUGCUCAGGGCAAGGCAUUGAUGAAGGCUCUGCACAAACUAUUUUUGAGCUUAAACAAGAGAUCACAAAUUUGAAGCAGGAGUCCAUUAAAAAGGAACUGUUGAUUGGUAGUUUAGAUGUGAGGGUUUUAGAGCUUGAGAAAGAAAAAGGUAAACAUAUUUCAGAUCUUCAGGAAAAUCUUGGCGGGUUGAUAGCUCUUUACUAUGAUCUCAAAGAUAAAUUGAUAGGAAAAUUUGGUAAUGAGUUCAAGACUUCAAGCUUUGAUCAUGGAAAGGCUCCCGAGUCAUCUGAAAGAGUCACAAUUUCUCCUGCUCCACAUGUUAACAUUGAUCAAUAUUUAUCUUUUGGCCAUGCCACAGCUGAAGAGAGAAGGGAGAAACAUAAGAAAAUAAGCGCGUUGAAGAAAAAUAAAAUGCUUUUGAUGAAGAAUUCUGAUUAG